AUGGAUUUCAUCAAGACCAGUUCCCUGCGUGCUCUGAUUGAGUUAACUUUCCAACGCAACUGGAAUGGCUUCAUUUGGAUGAGUAGAAAAGGAGUUAUAGCCAAAAGAGUGAAGGCUGCUCCAGACGGCUAUAUCGAGAAUCAGCGCCCGAACGCGCAGUCCGGCUGGCCGAGGAACGAAUGUUCCGCGCUCGGCCAAAACCGUAUUCGUCCGACUGAAGUCUCGGCCAAAGUUAACCGUUCGGCCGAUCACGCAACACGACCCGGGAAACAUUGUCCCGCGGUCGGCCAAGACAACGUUUCACGCCACGCCGCGCACGACCAGCGCGCGAGCCGGGAAACAAGCCUCGCGGCCGCGCAACCCGUUCGCGUACCACGCCGAUGCAUCCGUCCGAGCCGGGAAAGAACGUCCCACGUCCGGCCGAGAAACCAUCGGCCAAAUCUCUAUCCGCGACCCGUGGCCGACCACAUCCGGCCGACCGCCGAUCGACCGAUCCGAUCCACGACCCCCGACUCGACCCGAGACUCCGACUCCGGCCGACCCGACCGACCGUCCGAACGCCGCGGUCGACCCGAAGCCGUUUUUGAAGCCCAAUCCGCACAAUUCAAGCCCAAAGCCGGCGCCGACCUAGCUAGAUUAGGUUUAGCCGCUUUUCAUACUUAG